AGAUUUUCAGAAAAGUUCCAAAAAUGGGUGGUAUUCUUUCAAAGACACAAUCGGCAAAUUUGUCUGAUAUGCCUAUGACAAUCGCCUACAAAGUGUUGGAAAAAAUGGAUCCCACGGAUCAAUUAACGGCUCGCAAAGUGUCACGAAGUGUAAGGACAGCCAUCGAUAAAAUCGGAAUCCGUUUUAAUAAAAUUACUUUAAAAUUGGAAAAAGGUCAGAUCAGCAUGGAGUUGGAUGUAGACAAGCCGUACGGAAAAUGUAUUCAAUACAGAGACGGAAUAAUAAUUCCAAUCGUCAAAUCUUUAUUGACCGGACGUGAACUUGAUGAUGAAACAUAUGUGAUUUCUAGCUGUGGACGAAGUACGAAAAUUGAAAAAGAAUUCUUCGUGCACACAGCGUGUAGAGAUUUGAAGAUACUACUAAAGCACGCUUCAUGCAUCGAAUUUGACGUCAUUGCGUAUAAAGUGCCGAUAUUCAAUAUAUGUAUUUGCAGCAAUGACAUCUAUUUUGUUGAGAGUUUCGCUCCAUUAUUAGAAUGUUUUCACAUAAAAGAAGUAUGCUUUAUCAGUUUCAACUCAGAAUAUGUCUAUAAGAUACUACCAAAUUUUGAUGCUACAACACUGAAAAGCAUUGAACUUUGUCCACCAAAUAACUUUGGACUUUGGAUUGAAAAGAUCGCUCAACUGGAUCAAUGGAAAAAUAUAGAAGAGUUCAAACUCCGAUUGCAUGAGCCAUUUAACAGUGAUAUGUUCGUCUAUUUGUUACACCUUCAAAGUUUUACAAUUGAGCAACCAUAUGACAGCUUUCCAAUACAAAAUGUGGUUCAAAUUAGAGAUGAUAUCAUGAGAAGAAGUACAUUUCAAAGUUGCACUAUAAAAGUUGGCACUAAUAAUAUGAACCCGAGUGAUACGAUUAAUAUAGCAAAAGUAUUCAAACCGGAAUAUGCUGGUGGCGAUGAAUUUGAAAUCAAAUAUUCACUUGAUGACGACAAGUUUAUGAUCGAAUGUCAGAAGAUACAAUUGAAUAAUUGGAAUUAUUACUGUUUUUCUGUGAGAAAAUUGAGUUCUCAUGAUAUUCUUUACAUCAAAAAUAAUUUUGAUUUUGUUUUCAUUGAACCGUGAGCUUUAAAAGAAUGUAGCUUCAAGAUUUGUCAAACAUUCGGCUUUUUACAUGUUAUACAUUUUGAUUUUUUUUUUUCGUAAUAAAUAAUUAUUUGUGA